AUGCCAUAUGACAAUGUCAGAGCUCUCCGUGGGAGAAGGAAGGAGAACAAGAAGGAAGAACUGCCUGAAGACCAGACCUCGCCUUACAGUCAGAUGCUGCAGAAGGGGCAAGGGGCCCAGACCACGGACGACAAAACAAAGGAAACAGGGGGCGACAAGGCUGCUGAGGAAGGCCCUCCUCCUGGCAAAACAGAACCACGAAAAGAUGCCAAGAGGUGCCCUUGCUCUCCUCGUCCCCUUGGAACAGAUUGGAAGCUGCCGGUCCCCCUGGGAACUGUCUAUCCACCUUUGCUCUCGAGUCUGAGCUCCACCAAAGCCGUGGGACGAAGCUGGGAGUUGUCUCCUCCGACUGCAAACAGCUUCCAAAUACAUGAUGUGCACGUGGCCCACCUGCCCCAGAAGGGCCCUUUCCAGCACUUCAUGGACAUGAAGGCAGAGAGGAGGCUGGCCAGCCGCAAGGAGCAUUGCAGUCGCUUUGGAGAUAUCAACGUGCACAAGUGCUCUCAGUUUGGGCAGAUCUUCUGCCCUUUCCAGGCCUUUGCCACCACGGUAAGCAAGCUUUUCUUCUGUACAGGGUCGGUGACCCGAGGUUUAGGGGAAGAGCUGAAGGCAGACGGCCGCAGCAGUGUUCAGUAACAUGGCCAUUUCCAGAGGAGGAAGAAGUCAGGGGAAAGGGAG